AUGCCCAUCCGCGUCAAGUCCAAGAAGCUGCCCAAGUCCCGGGACUUGAGCCCCGUGUCUUUGCACUUUGACACGUUUGAGCUGCCCGAAAUUGAAACGGACGACGUUUUCCGAGAUGUCGUGAAGAAGCUCUCCGUAUACUUUGUCGAUGUCAUCGUGCUGCCCAGCACCUUUGAGCAGCUGCGCACGACUGCGGCCGGGGAGCCGUUGCGAGUCUUGGUCGACCACCUCAAUGCCACUUGCACCAAUCCCGCCAUUGUGAACGCCCUGCUCGCCCUCAAAUGGCACUAUGCCGUGGACGAGUCCGAGUCCAACAAGGGUCUCUGCGAGGCCCGCGCCAACGCCUGCGAGAUUGUCGCCUGGCGCUUCCUCACCCGCCUGUCGGAGCGUGAGGCCGUCGACUACUGCCUCUACGAGAUCCCUGAUCCCAAGGAGCCGCCGACGCCGCCGCCCAACGCCGACAUCGAGAGCAACGAGAACUCCCCGUUGCUGUCCGGCGGCAGCUGGUCCAACCGCAGCAGCCGCCGCGCCUCCAUCCGCCCCGGGAGCAGCGCCAAGCGCUACCAGCUCUUGUCGUCCCUCUCGAGGCUGACCAUGAGCAUGCACGCCGACCAGGACGAAGACGACGACGACGACCCGACCUCGCCCUUCACCAACCUCAACGCCCUCGAGAUCGCCGCCGUCGCCGACGCCAAGCGCUUCCUCAGCCAGCACGUCGUCCAGAAGAUCGUCACCGGCAUCUGGAACGGCGACAUCAUCUUCUGGGACAGCCUCUCGGUCCACGCCGAGAAGAAGCCCCGCUUCUACAACGCCCACACCACCGACAUCUUCUCGCGCCUGAGGGUCCCCAAGUACCUCAAGGCCUGGGAGGCCUUCUUCUUCUUCGUCUUCCUGUGCCUGUACUACUCCGUCCUCGUCGAGCAGAACACGGAGCGCAUCACCCACAACGAGGUGGUUCUCUAUGUUUGGCUGGCCGCGUUCCUGUACGACGAGCUCAGCGAGUGGGCCGAUGCUGGGACCAUCUUCUACGCAACAGAUGUGUGGAACCUAUUCGAUAUGAUCAUGAUAGGCAUCGGCAUCACGUUCGCCGUUCUGAGGGUCAUCGGCAUCGCGAACCACGACAGUAAGAUGACGGACACGGCCUUCAACGUCUUCGCGCUCGAGGCCCUCUUCAUGGUGCCGCGCGUCUUCUCCCUCCUCAGCCUGUCGCCGUACUGGGGCACGCUGAUCCCGUGCCUCAAGGAGAUGGGCAAGGACUUUGUCAAGUUCAUGGUCCUCGUCGUCAUCAUCUACCUCGGCUUUCUCACGACCUUCUCUCUCAUCGGCCAGGACGCCUACACCUUCAGCCACAUGACCAUGAUCCUCACAAAGAUCUUCUUCGGCUCCUCGUACGUCGGCAUCGAGAUCAUGGACGACAUCGACAAGGUCUUUGGCCCGCCGCUCAUGAUCAUCUUCAUCAUCCUCUCGUCCUUCCUGCUGAUGGGUUCCCUGACGGGUAUGCUGUCCAACUCCUUCUCUCGGGUCAUUACGCACGCCCGCGAGGAGUACCUCUACGUCUACAGCGUCUACGUGCUCGAAGCCUCGACUAGCAACCGGCUCACGCACUUCUACCCGCCCUUCAACCUCAUCGCCCUCGUCAUCUUCCGGCCCCUGCGCCUCUUUCUCCCCUCGGACGACAAGUUCCGCCACAGCCGUAUCGUCCUCCUCAAGGCCACCCACCUGCCUAUCGUCGGCAUCAUUCAGCUGUACGAGAACAUCCGCCGCCGCGUCAUGCCCGACGAGUACGCCGGCUUCAAGGGGCCGCGCGGUGCCACGGGGGUCACGAAGCAGCGCUCCCGCAGUGCUUUCCAGGCCAACCGCCCGACGUCCGGUUACCGUCCCGGCAGGUCCCCUCGUCCCGAGGAGCACCACGCCUCGCACCUCUCGUCGCGUCCCCAUGCCCGCGCCGCUGAGGCCGACGACAUGGACGCGCCCUCCGUCGUCGAAGUGCGCAUCUCGGAGCUCAACGACAAGAUCGACAAGCUCACCGCGCUUGUCGAGGCUCUCCAGCAACAGCCCGGCUCCUCCCCCUCCCCCUCUUCCUCCUCUUGA